GUUUGAUUUACAGUUUUUUGAAGUGAGUUGAUGAAUAUAUUUGUACUUUUUGGGACAUCCUCGUCUGGCAGAGGACUGCAUUAUGUCUAUGAAUAACACAGUGCUUGGACCGAUGACUACGCCCAAUAUAUAUUUGGGAAAUCUCUCAGAGAACGCAGGGACAACUUCUGGAUCAUCCCCCCGUCUCGGCAUCGCCAUACUCUCAGUCGCCUUCAUUAUCGGAUUUCCAGGCAAUGCAUUUAUCAUCUGGACAGUGUUGACCCAAAUUAAGAAACGCACAGUCACCUGCCUCCUCAUUUUAAAUUUGGCCAUGGCAGACAUCAUGGUGAUCCUCACAACGCCAUUUUUUCUCCAUCUCUUGGCCACGGGCAGCUGGGCAUUUGGGAAUACCAUCUGUAAGAUGUGUUAUUACACUAGCGGCUUCAGUAUGUACACCAGCAUCUACCUCAUUACUUUUAUGAGCAUUGACCGCUUUCUAGCUGUAGCCAUACCUUUCACUUCUCAUAAGAUCAGAAGAAAGCCAAUUGUCAGGAGCAUAGUUGUGGCAAUAUGGGUGUUAGGAUCUCUAUUGUCCAUUCCUGUACUGUUUUACCGCUCAGUAGAAGUUAACUCUAAAGGCCAGGACCAAUGUAACAACAACAAAAGCCAAGAAAGAACGGGUUUUCAGCAUAUAGUCUUUCAAUAUAUGUUUGAGACAAUUAUGGGAUUUGUUAUUCCCUUUACAGUCAUACUAUCCAGCUACAUCUACAUUGGACUAAGGUUACGUACUGCAAAAUUUCAGACCAAACAUAAGACUAACAGACUGGUCAUCAUGAUUAUAGUAAUAUUUGCUCUCUUCUGGGCUCCAUACCACUUAGUGAAUAUAAUACAAGUCUCAGGAGAACUGUACUCAUCAAAAGUUCUAAGAGAAGCAGCCCUUAUGGCCAGGCCUAAUACCAUAGCCUUUGCGUUUCUCAGUAGCAGUGCCAAUCCUAUUCUGUAUGUAUUUGCUGGUGGCAAUUUCAUAAGAACUGCUGGGGUGGGAUUUAUGGCCAAACUCUUUGAAGCAACUGGCUCUGAGGCAAACAGUUUACGGAAAGUCUCCCAAGUUUUCCAGCAGAAAAGCCGAAAUCAGUCUGUAGAGCAAGGAAAAUUAGGAGAACCCAUCGAGGAUGAACAAAACCAUUUGACAAUGUAGAUCAGUAUAACCAACUUUACAAAAAGUCAUUCUGGCCCAAAUUAAAUAAGCACCAACUUCCUGGCCCUGGCGCAGAGGUGUCACUGGGUUGGUGACACACGAUGAGUACUAUGUAUCCUUCCUGUGCUCCUGAAAAGGUGUGUGAUCCAACUUAAAGGGGGUGUGGUCUCACAGAGAAUCCUGAUUACAUCACUCAAAGGGAAUGAAUGGACCCCCCGGAGAUGAGGGGCUGCCCUCGGAGAUUAGUACCUUCUCUGUGACAGGAGCCAGGCACUGCAGUAAAAUGUCACAUUGCAGCACCCAGCUUCUGUCACUGUGGAGGGGCUGGCAUUUUAGUGUCACCCCCUCCCAAGGUGACACAAAGGUGUGGCCCGCACCCCCUUAGUGAUGUCACGUCCCAGGCGCAGUUUUGGUGAUAUAGCUUUAAAGUGGCAAUUACUUUUCUAGCAAAUCCAGUUUGUAUUUGGCUUAAAACUAUCUACCCUUUUAAAUCUGGUGACUAUAGCCUGAAUUGUGCCAGGACAAGCAAAUCAAAGCCUACAGUAUAACAUUUAAGCAGGAAGUUAAUUUUUAGGACUGUGUACCCUGUGUAGAGGAAUUUAAGGAGACAAGAUGCCAAAACAGAAAUCAGUGGCCAUGUACGACAAGCGUAAUAGCACAUGGCUGCAGGUUAUGCUUUUAUAUACACAUAACACAUUCUCAUGUGUACUACUGUAUACUCUUCUCUGUUUGUGUCUAACAAACAACAUAGGGCCUAAUUCAGACCUGAUUACUGCGCUGCAAAUUUGCAGAGGUUUGCGAUCAGACAGUUUUCGCCCAGGGAGAGUGAAAACCCGCCCCAUGCAAGCGUGCAAAUGCAUGUGUACACCGUGCAAAAAUUCCGCCAGACAGCGGUCAGUUGCAAAUCCGUUCGCAACUCACUCACCAUCUAAUGAUUUUCCAGUCUGUGCAAUCUGUGCGUAGCCCAAGACUAACUCCUACAGUGCAAUACAAACAGGCUGUUCGGGGCUGGAGCUGACGUCACACAUCCUCCUUGAAAACGCCUGGGAACGCCAGCAUUUUUCCUGACAAUCCCUAAAGACAGCCACUUAUCACCCACAAACGUCCUCUUGCCUGUCAAUCACCUUGCGAACGCCUUACUAUCUAAAUUUUCACACCAUCCUGUCACUGUUUGGCAACGCACCUGCGCAUUGCGGAGCAUAUGCAUGCGCAGUCAUUCGAUAGUCGGCCGCUGUGCGAAUUCGCACAACAGCGAUUAGGUCUGAAUCGGGCCCAUUGUCUUUAGCAGUACAUAUAAAUGAGCAAAGAAAAAUAACUUUCAUACAGUAGGUAAACGUGUAGAAAGGUGUACAUGGUAACCACUGAGACACUUGCUUUCAUUUUUUAACUAGGAACAUUAAUUGGAACCUAAGUGGUUGCUUUGAGCAAAAACACUUGUAUGACAUUACUUAUAAAAAUGUAUAUAUUGUAUGUUUUAUCGACAUUCAUCAUGUUGCCUUUCGUGAUAUGGAUGCUGAUGAAAUGUUGCCAUUAUUGUGUGUCUCGGCAAUGCAAUGGCUUCACUUAUCUGGCAGGACUGCAGCAGUGUCUUCUGGGUUUGGUAGUCAUCUUAUCCAGUAGCAGUGAGCAUGCUACCUCUAAUCCUCUCCUGACCCUAAUCCUGCAUACACAGAAGUUAAUCGCUCACAUUGGAGGCAAUUCUCAGAAAAAAAUCUAAUGGUUUUGAUUGUGGCAUCUAGAGUCGCACUAAGCGGUCUUACAUCAUCCGCAGGUGCUCAAAGAAGGCAUCCCAGUCCUUGCAUAUGCAGAUGCACACUUGUACACCAGGGGAAGGCUGAUUCUAAUAUUAGCAUAUGCAAAGCCAUCUUUUGUAUGGGAUUAAUAGGCAGUUAGCUAGACUGAUAGCUGAGGGUUUCAGGGGAACCAGAUUUUGAAAAUCAGCCCUAGGGAACCGGAGAUAUCCGAAGUCAAAGAAGUGGUAGCCAUCCAAGCCUGUUAAUUGCUCUUCCCAAUCAGAUGUUUCGGAUACUAUCUGACUUAGAGUUUUUCUGAUAAUAUCUCCAAAAGCUGGGACUCUCCCUUUUCGGUGGACACUGAGAUAUCAGCCUUCCAGCAGCUGGUCCCUGCUCCAGUGCCACACGCCUGGUAUGCAGUUUUAUAUCUUCGUCGGUGGAUUGCUCUAGCUCCUGAACUCUGAUCCACAAGCCCCCAGUACCUCCUGAAAGGUUGGACUACUAUAUCUAGUUUUUUAUCCAAUUAAAAGCUAAGAAAUAUAUUUCCAGGAACUGGAGAUAUCAGCAGUCAAGCAAGUUGCCCUCCCACCAGAAAAUUAUGAAUAUUGAGCCCAAUCCACUAUCCACCCCUCCCCUACAUAUUAAACACCCCCUACCACACUGGAAGUUAUAUACUGGGGCCCCUUCAUUCAGCCCAAUGCCCCCUUCUAUAGUUUAGUAUCUCCCUUGAGCCCCAUCUCCCACCAUCUGUGCAGUAAAGGAGAAAAUUUGCAGAAAUUGCUGCUCCAGUUCCUACAUGCUGUGCUGAAUAUAGAACACCCCCUACUGCCCGUGGGACAUUAAAGCUGCUGCUGAUAGCAUCCUCCACCCCUACCACUGGAGGAUGGGUAGGGGCCCCAGUGCAUUGCUUUGCACAGGGGCCUACACUGCUAUUAAGAUGGCCCUGAGCAUAUUGCAUAGUUGUCUACCCUCUGCAUUCUGCAGGAAGCUCCCGUUUCAGUCAUAAAUCGGCUGCCCGGCAUUGUACCUCAAAUCUCCAUGAUCUUCAGAUUCUGCCAGGGGAGACACUAAGGGAUUUAUUUGCAAGCACAGUGAUUUGCUGUAAUCAGUUUGAGUUACACAGCACCACAUUAUCACAGUGUUUAUUCUAUGCUGGUGUGCCCUCAUCCAUAGCUUGCUUCUGCUGCUAGUGAGCUGAGACUAGGGUAGGAAUUUUUGUUAGUAAUCUUUCUUUAGUUAAACACAAUUGUCUAAUUAGAGUACCUGGUGUUUGUAAUGAUUUGGUUUAUGCUAUAAUAUAGUAUGGAAAACAGCACAUCCAAUAAAUAUAGGUAAUGCCUACAAGAUGCAGACAGUCUAGUGUUCACAAUAAAAUAACAUAUAAUACACAGAAAAACAUACUUAUAUGCUUAGGGAUGAAUUCACACAAGGUCAAUUUGCAUUUGGAAUUUAUUGCAUAAACAUCACAUUCAUUUUGUAUAUUGUGCUGAGUGAGAAGAAAAUAAAUAUUACAGCAGAUACUUGCAAACAAAAAACCCAAGCAAUGUUAGUAUCAAUACUUGCAAAACUUCCCAAAAUAUAUUGUUACUUAUGUAAUAUAGAAAUAUUUCGCAACUAGCACAUAGGCAUAGACGUGUCCUUUGGGAAGAGUAUGACAUGCAUUAGAUUAGCUUAGUAUAGCCAUGUUUGUUAAGGAAUCGGUAUGUUUUACCAACAGACAGCUGCAUCCAGUCUUUCGCAAACCCUGCAGCGAGUUCCCUCGUUGGCUCGCUGCGCUCCCCAAGCUUUGGCCCGGUGGCUCGCCACAGGUUAUAUUCCCACUUGGUUCUCGCAUGGACCCACUAACCGAGUGGGAAUACCUGGCGAUGGUCAGGAUUACGUCAGGCAGUAUUUCAAGGCUGACGGGAUUUUGGCGGCGGUCUCCUGAAUGCUGCAAUUCGGACAGCCUGUAGUUCAACUGCAUCGCUUUGUUAGUGUUCACUAGUUAAUCAUUUAGCUUGAAUGUACCGUACUGUAGGUUCUUCUUUAAAAAGUUUAGUGUUUUUAAUGUUCUAAGUUAAUUACAGCAUUAUUUUUAGAUACAUUUAGGGUCCAAUGUACAUUUGGAUAUGUGUUUU